AUGACAACUUCCAAUAUCACUUCCUUGCAUCCAGCCUCUUUCCUGCUAAUGGGAAUCCCAGGACUAGAGCAUCUGCACAUCUGGAUCUCCAUCCCUUUUUGUUCAGCCUACACCCUUGCCAUGCUAGGUAACUGUACUCUGCUCUUCAUCAUCUGGACAGAUCCUGCCCUCCAUGAACCCAUGUACCUCUUCCUGGCCAUGUUAUCAGCCAUUGAUCUUGUCCUCUCCUCCUCUACACUUCCCAAGAUGCUGGCAAUCUUCUGGUUUGGUAACCAUGAGAUCAAUUUCCAUGCCUGCCUGACUCAAAUGUUCUUCCUCCAUUCCUUCUCCAUUAUGGAGUCAGCUGUCCUCCUGGCCAUGGCCUUUGACCGUUUUGUGGCCAUUUGCGAACCUCUGCGAUAUGCCACAAUACUGACACAGUCACUCAUUGCCAGAAUUGGAAUGGCAGCUAUAACCCGGGCAUUGACACUCAUGACCCCUCUCCCCUUCCUACUCCGGCAUUUUUCCUACUGCCAGAGCCGAGUGAUUGCCCACUGCUACUGUGAGCACAUGGCAGUGGUGAAGCUGGCCUGUGGCAACACACGGUUCAACAAUAUCUAUGGAAUUGCAGUAGCUCUGGUCAUAGUGGGGUUAGACCUGCUUUUCGUGGUCCUCUCCUAUGCUCUGAUACUUAGGGCAGUGCUGAGACUGGCUUCUCAGGAGGCUCGUUACAAAGCCUUUGGAACAUGUGCAUCCCAUGUGGGUGCCAUUUUAGCUUUCUACACACCUGUUGUGAUCUCAUCAGUUAUGCACCGGGUGGCCCGCCAUGCUGCCCCCCAUGUCCACAUCCUUGCAGCCAACUUCUACCUGCUUUUCCCACCCAUGGUCAACCCCAUCAUCUAUGGAGUCAAGACAAAACAGAUCCGUGAACGAGUCCUAGGUAUAUUCCAAAGAAAGAAAAUCUAG